GUCAUUGACUAAUAAACCUAUAAUAUACACUAUCCGGGUCAUAAACCAUCGAUACUGUUGUAGACAGCAUGUUUUUCUACGAAUACAUGAUAUUAUUCUUCUUGUGCCUGUUUGUGUUCUGUAAGCUGACAUGUGGAAGGUGUUAUAGUAAAACAUGCCUGAUAGGGAAAACUGCCAUUAUUACUGGCGGAAACUCAGGUGUCGGCUACGAAACAGCUCUAGCCCUUGCCUCACGUGGCUGCAGAGUGAUAAUCGCCGAUAAAGACGAUUCGUCAGUAUCAAGGCAAAAAAUAAUCGAUGAAUCCACUAACCAACACGUCAUAUCCAAAGUACUAGACCUAAGAUCUCUAGCUUCGGUAAGAAAAUUUGCUGAGAAUAUGCUACGAUCGGAGCCAAGACUGGAUAUAUUGAUCAUGAAUGCAGGAAUAGCUUCUAAUAAAUUGAUCCAUACUGAUGAUGGUAUACAGAUUACAAUGCAAGUUAACUAUUUGGGACAUUUUCUUCUUACAUUUUUACUGUUAGAUCUCAUGAAAAAAUCUUCCCCGAGCCGCAUAAUAUUCACUUCUUCAACAGGAGCGUACUUCGCCAAAUUUUCUCUCGAAGACCUCAAUCCAACAAAAGAUUAUCCUAGACAACAUCGCAUAUACUUGAAUUCAAAAUUGUGCUUGAUACUAUUUGCUCGUUAUCUAUCGAUGAAGCUGAAAGGAACUAAUGUUACUGUAAAUUGUGUUCAUCCCGGAGGAGUACGAUCCGCCAUCUACUUGCGAGCAUUUAGAGUUGAAAAAUCUGUUUUCCCGUUGAUUUUAGGAUUUCUUACACUGAUUUUUGGAAAGAGUGCCGAAGAAGGAGCUCAAACAACCUUACAUGUCGCUUGUGAAAAAUCCCUUGAAAAUGUGAGCGGGAAAUUUUUCAUCGACUGCAUUUCAAUAUUUUUACCGUAUCAAGCGUACGACAUGCAGCUUUGUGCUAAAAUGGUGGAACUUUCAAAGACAUUGGUGAAAUUGCAGCCCGAAGAAUGUUUAUUGAGUGAAAAAGUGCUAAAGUAGGAUUAAAAACAUUGAUUUUCUAUUUAUUUUAUUUUAAUAAAAAAUUCUGAU